AUGCCUAGUUCCUUGGAUCAACCUCUCCGUACCUCGGGAAUCUACCGCAACCUGCCCACCUUUGAUGCAAGCGUGAAGGGUCUGAAGGCUGUUGUAUGCGGAGCCACUGGCAUCUCAGGAUUCAACACUAUCCGCUCCCUUCUCGAUACUCCCGAUCGCUGGUCCAAGAUCUACGCGCUUUCUCGAAAGCCAUUCUCCAAAGACCUUCUUGCAUUCUUCACCGACGAGCAGCGCGCCCGGCUCCAGCACGUCUCCAUCAACCUCAGCUCCAAGGGUGAGGACAUCGCCAGAUCGCUAAAAGAUGCAGGUGUAGAAGCAGACUACGUCUUCUACUAUGCUUACCUACCCCCUGGAAAUGGAAAAAGUGACAUGGACCCCAGCUCAGCAGAAGCCUUAGUUGAAGCCAACGUCCCACUUUUCAGGAAUUUCCUUGCCUCUUUACCAAAGGCUGACCUCAAGCCUAAACGUAUCCUCCUUCAGACGGGUGGCAAGAACUAUGGCGUACACAUUGGCCGUGGACGCCAGCCACUCGUCGAGUCUGACCCUCAGCCCAAGCACCUCAGCCCGAACUUCUACUACCAUCAAGAAGAUCUUCUGUUCAACUACUGCGAGGAGCACCCUGAGACAGACUGGAACAUCGUCAUGCCGGCAGGUGUCAUUGGCGCAGUACAAACCGCAGCCAUGAACACUUUUCUCGCGUAUGGUGUUUACGCCGCUGUCCAAGCACACAGGAAACAGCCUCUCCAAUACCCUGCCGACUUCCAUAGCUGGGAGUCGGAGUACACUCACUCCACUGCCCGGCUGACCGGGUACUUGAGCGAGUGGGCUGUCCUCGAGGAUACAGCCAAAUGCCAACGUUUCAACGCCCAAGACGGUGGGGUCAUUAGCUGGGACCGUUUCUGGAACGAGCUUGGGCGAUGGUUCGGCACUGAUGUUGUCGGCCCCGACAACGAUCAGUCAAAGUACGAGAGCAAUUAUCUUGCUGGCGGUAAAGACUGCGCGUUGGGCUACGGUCCCCCCAUCGAGGUUAAGCUGGCGCAUCCGCUAUGCAGAUGGGCUGAGGAGACGGAAAUCGGAAAAGACUGGGAGGAGAUGAUGAAGCAGUCUAAUGGGCAACUCACAAUGAACGUGCCUGAAGCUGACAAACAAAUGUUGGUGAUGGCUGACUUCAAUUUUGCUUACUUUGGCACGCUAUCAGGGAACAAGGUGCGUAGGUUCGGAUUCAAUGGGUUUGUGGACACAAUGGAGAGCAUCUUUGAAACGUAUCAGGAUAUGGCUAAGUUGGGCAUGUUGCCGCCCAUGAAAGUGGAUUCUUGUAAGCCCCUGGCCUAG